UUUUGAAGAGAGAGCCUUACAUGUCGAAACGGUGUGGGUGUGGAUUCCGCAUUCGGGCAAUCGUCCCAAUAUCAAACUAUAACGAGAAAGAUAAGACUUUUGUGUAUCAAGAAGAGGGUAUGGCUGUUUUUAAGCUAUAUGCAGUGCAUUCAGGGCACCAGCCGGGCCCAUCAGAUGGGAACGCAAGAAUCAUGCACCGUGUUGUUGGGCAUAAAGGAGGCUUCUUGAUGAUGGAUCAAGAAACAAUUUAUGGGGUGAGAGAAGAAGUAGAUAAUGAGGAUUUUGGGGAUAUGAAGCACUCGGUUUUGCAGCAAUUGCAGGAGGCAAGAAAUGAGAUCGAGCUUAUGGAAGGGCAAAUCGGGAAGUUACCUGAUGAACUUUUGUGCUCAGCUUCUCGGGAGCUGCUUGAUAUUGUAAGUAAGCUUAAAAGUGUUAGAGAGUGCUGUUCAUCUAAGUCAAAUGGAAUUGGUGUGAUCCCUGACAAACACGAUACGGAUGAUGUCAUGGUGGGGGGAAAUGAUUUGGUCGAUUGGGGUGGUGGUCAUCAUCAAAGAUUGUAUGAUGAUGGAAAGGAAGCUGAGUUUAUUGAAGAAGAUGAAGACAGCUUUGGAAGAACACUAGGGGAAGUUGCUUCUUGGGAUCAAAUGAGGACGGUUUGUAAGUCAGACAAGCAACAUCUGAAAGGCAUUGAGUUUGAUGAGAAAAGCUUUCUUGAUUCGAGGGAUUCAAAAUUGACCAAACCCUUGCUAAGGCAUGAUGAGAGUAUAGAUACUGAUGUAGGAUUUGUUGUCGAAAAUUUCUAUGAAAAUCCGAAAUGGUUUGAUUCACCAUGUGGGUUAGACUCCGGAACAGAUUGUGGUGACAGUGAAUUCAGGCCCGGGGGAAUUGUUUAGAAAUACACUCAAACUGACAUUUAUUUUUUUCCUUGGUUUUAUUCUUCAUCCGUUUGAAUUGUUAAAAGUGAGUUGUACAUGUGUAUUUAAACAAAAAGAUUGAUGGUUUUCGUAGCAUUUUAGUUGUCUUUCCUGAUAAAUGAUAAUAUUUUUAGUUUGUCUAGGUAAAAAAUGUAAACUUUAGUUCUUCAUUUGGAUAUGUCUGGC